UUCUUGUCAAAAGCCACACCAAGUAGGUAAAGGAAUUUUGAUUCCUUAUUUCUGUAGGAAUCGGAAUUAAAAGAAGUAGUAUAUUAAUAGCAGAAGUUAUCUGCUUAAUAUAUUGUUUGUUGAAUUAAAAGAUUUGAUGAGUCUCUCAAGUAUGCCUUCAGCGGCUACAAUGUUCCAGGCGUAUGCCUCAAUAUCUACUGCCAUUACAAUGUUUAAAACAAUGAUCCACCAGUUAGUCCCUCAGCAAGUUCAGUGCUAUAUUGAAACCAAAAUUCGUAGAUAUUUUCGCCCAAAUUCAUCAGAUGUAACUUUGGUUAUCGAAGAAAGAGAUGGCAUGGGCAUCAACGAUGUCUUCACUUCUGCCGAAAUCUAUUUGUCUGCACGAAUCAGCCCAGAAUUUCAACGUUUCAAAAUUACCAAACGACCCAAAGACACAGGGGUCAAUGUUAAAUUUGGGAAUUGUGGGAAAAUUACUGAUUCCUUUGAAGAGAUUGAAUUGGUAUGGAAGUUUGUUAAUGAAGCAAAAAAGUCGAUUUCGAGAUUUCAAGAUGAUGAUGAAGGUGAUUUUUCUGAGAAACGUUCUUUUGAGCUGAGCUUUAGCAAACAACACAAGGAAAGGAUUCUGAAUGCUUACAUUCCUUUUGUGCUUAACACAGCCAAAACGAUGCGGAAUGAGAAAAAAAUUAUUCAAUUGCAUUCUCUAUCUGGUAAUUGUUAUAGUUCUAUAAAUUGGGAUUCUGUGAACCUUGAGCACCCUUCAACUUUUGAGACAUUAGCUUUAGAACCAGCACUUAAAAAAACCAUAAUACAGGACCUUGAUAGGUUUUUAAAGAGGAAGGAGUUUUACAGGAGAGUUGGAAAAGCAUGGAAACGGGGAUACUUAUUGUACGGACCACCCGGGACUGGGAAAUCAAGCUUAGUUGCUGCAAUUGCUAAUUAUUUGAAGUUUGACAUAUAUGAUCUAGAAUUUUCAAAUAUAAAGCGGGAUGCUGAUUUGAGAAGGCUCCUUCUCAGCACAAAGAAUAGAUCGAUACUUGUUAUCGAAGAUAUUGACUGCAGCGUUACCAUGCCCGAAAGAAAUGUAGCUCGCACAAAUCACAAUAUUCGCCGGGAUCGGGAUCAGGAGAUUACACUUGGUGGGUUAUUAAACUUCAUAGACGGGCUAUGGUCGAGUUGUGGUGAUGAAAGGAUAGUUAUAUUUACGACAAAUCACAAAGAGAAGAUUGAUCCAGCUCUAUUGCGACCUGGAAGAAUGGACAUGCAUAUUCAUAUGUCUUACUUAACUAGUGAAAGCUUUACAGUGUUGGCAAAUAAUUAUCUGGAAAUAAGUGAUCCUCUUUACAACAGUUUUAAAGAAGCAAAACAAUUGAUUGAAGGGGCACAAGUUACUCCCGCAGAAGUUGCUGAGCAAUUUAUGAAGAGUGAAGAUCCUCAUGUUUGCCUUCAAAGUCUUGUCAAAUUUCUAAAGCAAAAAAAAAUUAAUGAGCAGAUGGAGAAGAAGAAGCAGCAGGAGGAGGAGGAGGCAAAUACUACUGAUAAUGACAAACAACUUCAAAGGAUCAAAACUUUGACUACUGAUAAUUCACUUCAGUCCUAAAAGUUGAAAAGAUCUGUACAUUAAUUUAACUUAUUUUUUCCUUCCUGACAACUUUAGUUUCAUUAUUAUUCUUCAACAAUUUUCAUGUUGUUUGUUUUGAAA